UUAGUACUGUGAGCGAUUACCAAAUCAGACGUAUUGCGUCCCGCGCAAGUCAACACGCUCCCUUACUCCCUUACUCCCUUACUCUAUAGUGAAGCUGUCCACGGCACUUGAUAAGUGAAGGGUUGUGGUGCGUCCGCGUCAUUACAGUGAAGGCGCGUAGCAGUGCAUAAUGGGCCUGACGUGGGGAGUGUGCUGCCUGCUGGUGCUGGUGGCGGCGGCGGGGGCGCGUCCUCCCGCAGGCCACACCUUCAACACCUCGGACUACCUGCAGCAGCGCCGCGCCAUACUGGCCCAGGAGCAGACUGACAUCUUGGGACAAAACCAGGUACUGUCAGCGGAGGAGGAGCAGGUCAACAAAAUACUAAUGGCUGCCAAGGACGCCGAGAUGGAGGACGGCUUCGAGACAUUGGACUUCUUGCCCUCCAAGAACUUCAUGACCGUCAUUCAGCAGAUGGAGGAGUCACAGGUGUUCAAGCUCAUCAAGCAGAUGCCAAAAGGCGCGGCGCUUCACCUGCACCACUCAGCCAUGGCGUCAUCGUGGUGGGUGGUGCAGGAGCUGACCUACUGGCCACACCUCUACAUGUGCUACGACACUGACGAUCACCUCUUCUUCAGGUUCUUCGAGAAGCCUGACACAACCUGCGCCUGGGAAUUGGUGAGCACCGUGCGAUCUAAUUACGUGGAUCCCAGCGAGUUCGACGCAAUGCUCUUCAGUAGACUGACUCUUCUCACUGAAAACCCUGACGAGAAGUACCCGGACAUCAACACGGUGUGGUCUAUCUUCCAGGGUUACUUCGCCACCAUAAGUAACCUGAUUAUGUACCGCCCAGCCUGGGAGACCUACCUCUACCACGCACUGGGGGAGUUUGCCGACGACAACGUGAUGUAUAUAGAGUUCCGCGGCUCCCUCCCCCCCCUGUACGAGCUGAACGGGACGAAGCUCACGGAGGAGGAGUCAGUGGCGGUCUAUCGAGACACAACCCAGCGCUUUGUGGAUGACAACCAGGACCGCUUUUUCGGAGCACGUUUCAUCUUCGCCCCGCCAAGAGGCGUGGACAACGCCACCGUCCACGAGUACGUUUCCCUCAUGAAGCGACUCAAGAAGGCGUUCCCAGACUUCGUGGCAGGGUUUGACCUGGUGGGGCAGGAGGACAAGGGCGAGCCUCUCAUCGCCUUCGUGGACGAGCUGCUGCAGCUCUCAGAGGCAGACAUCAGAGUGUUCUAUCACGCCGGGGAGACCAACUGGAUGGGGAUGGAGAGUGACGACAACCUAAUUGACGCGCUGCUGCUCAACGCGUCGCGGAUCGGCCACGGCUAUGCCCUGGUCAAACACCCGGAGGCCAAGAUGAUGGCCCUAGAGAAGGACGUGCCCAUUGAGGUGUCUCCCAUCUCCAACCAGGUGCUCAAGUUGGUAGAGGACCUGAGGAACCACCCUGCGGUAGGCCUGGUGGCGGAGGGCUUCCCCAUCGUGGUGUCUGCGGACGAUCCAGGAGCGUGGGGCGCCUCAGGACUUUCUUAUGAUAUGUACGAGGCGUUCAUGGCUUUUGGGGGCGCGAAGGCUGACCUCAGGUUCCUGAAGCAGCUCGCCAUCAACUCCAUCUCCUACAGCAGCCUGGACGAGGCUGCCGAGAGUGAUCUCAUGUACAAGUGGGUGGAGAAAUGGAAAGAGUUCGUGGCCAAGACGCCCACACUCCUCGCUGAUCGAGGCUGAUUCUCGCACUUCCUUUCACUCCUCCACCUCCUUCACCUAUGCUCUUUAACCAUUCCUUAAAAAAAUACUAUAUGAUUUAUCAAAACAGUUUCCUCAUUGUCUGUUGUUCUCAUUGAGGCACAGCGGUGCAUAAAUGAUAAACACGCGGCCAUGCACACUGCCAGGAUCUUCACAAAUCAGGCACCGCACCACCACGCGGCCACACUGCCAGGCUAUAGGCUCUUCAAUCCAUCACUUGUCGAUAUCUUGAAUAAUUUUGUUUAGCGCUUUCCUAAACUGUUUCUCAUAUAGUGAAUAUGGCUGAUCGUGUUCAGGUUACUUAUCUUGCAAUAGAAUUUUGAAAAUA